AUGCUCGCGCAGCUCCAAGCUUCUUUCAAUCGACAGCUUGAGGAGUGCAGUAGAGGUAUCCUUCGAAAAAUAGACAAAAUGCAGCAGCAAGCUCUUAAGGCAAGGGAAUGCGCAGCUCAACUGAACGAGGCUGCUGAUGUUUCAGCUCCAGAGAUGUCAGUACCCUGCAUUCCCGACGCUGUAAAAGACCUGGAAAGUGCGCUGAAGGAGCCAAUUAGAUCAGGGGCUUCCGGAGGCGAUCAUGGGACAACAUCAGCAGCAAGAGGAGCCAAUCCGACAGAUUCAGGGGCCCGCAGGGCCCUUGACAAAAUGAUGGGGGGGAAACUGCACACCGAAAAUGCAUUUGCCUCACUCGACAUCAAAGCCGACAAAUGGGAAGCAUGGAUGGAAACAGUUGCUCCAGAAGCGAUGACAGAUGCACAGGCUGCCAAGUUUGCGGCUUACCAAGAGCAGUUAAGGAUAAUAAAAGAGAAACAGGAGUCAAUGAGGGCAAAGCUUCAAGGGGAACUGAAAAAAAUAAGGAGCGAACUUACUGCCGCUGCAGUUCAGCUCCGUGCAGACCUUCAAAACCUAACAGACUGGAAGCUGGUAUAUGAGGAGGAGUUGCUGCUCAAUGAGUUAGCAGGCGCACGGCUCACGGACACCAUAGACCAAGAGACCACAUGGAGGAAGACAGGAAAAGAGUUGCGAACGAGGCUCGAAGCCUCUAGAUCAACCAUACAGGAAACGAACCGAGAGCUUCAGAAACAACAAUGUUCCUGUUGGCUGCUAGAGGAUGAGCGCACAUCAGCCCAGCACGAACACAGAGAUAAAACAGCUGCACUAACAGCUGCACUUGGGACCGUGCAUCUGCCUUCGGAGGUGCUGUCCGUUCUCAGUAAACGGCUUGACGAUGCAUUAGCACCCCAAGGGACUCAAAAUCAAGGGGGUCCUGUUGAGGCAGAAGAAGAACCAGAGCAGGCUCUCAGGAGAGAAUGUGCAGCCUUGAGCUCUCGCUUGGAUAUGGCAGUUGGCUCACUGAAGGCGGAGUUCGCCAGUUGGUCGGAUGGUCCACUCUGCAAGCUUCUAGAGGCAUCCCGUGAUAAUGCCUAUGCCCAGCGACGGCUUGUCCUUGCCUCUGAAGCAGCAGACGCUGAGCAACAGAAGCUGACACGUCUCAAGACGAGGCUAGAACUAAGCCAGACCGAGGAAUCAGCUCUUCGUCUCCAGCUAGAAGCCUCUUCAGAAGCCCUCGAAAAAGCGCAGCGAGACGUCGACCUGCUGUUGAGGGUCAAAAGGGGGAUUGUGGGAGAGCUUCCUUCACGAAUCGUUGCGCUUCGCGAGCCUUUCGACUUUUCGGACUCUUGCCUCGUUAGCCAAAGGGAAGUGGAUAGCUAUAAGCAAGAUAUCAUCGCCAGCGGGCGCCAAAAGCUAAGGAUCCUCCAAGCUAUUAAGCUCGAGGCGAAAGAUGUUAGUGAGAGGACAAAAGAUGUUCAUCUUCUUCGCAUUACCAGGAGCAUGCAACGGAUUUUACAGAUGCCAGGAGGCGGUAUGCCAGCUAAUUGCUCGGUCGUAGGACCGAAACAACAAAAGGAAAUGAGUGGCCACCAGUGGGUUUCUCAGCUGGCUACAGAUGGCUUUAAGGAUGCUCAAGAAAGUGAGGUUCAACUUGAAAGGCUUGAGGAGGCGCGAGCUGAGCUCGAAAAACGGUCAGCUGCAGUAACAGCUGAGAUUAAACAGCGGGUAUGUUCUAUGGCAUAUGCUUCUAAGCACAGGGCAGGUGCAAAAGGCAAGCGUACAUACUGGUGCUACGACGGCCUCCUGGUGACUUAG